AUGGGUCUACUAGCUAACCUAAUACCCCUUCUUCCUUCCGCAUGGAAGUUGAUUGGAAUUUCAUUUGCUAUUUGGAUUCUCAUUGAUGUUUGUCGGGGAGUUUUCCGUGUGUUCACCUCUCCUUUCCCAGGGCCAAGAAUUGCCAAAUUCACUGUCUUAUAUAUGAGAUGGCAGCAGUUGAAAGGAAGAGAAUUCCUUCAUUAUCACCUAUUGCACCAAAAAUACGGCCCUAUUGUGCAACUUAGUCCCGAUGAGAUUUCAUUCUGCCAUGCAGAUGCUUUGUCACAGAUAUAUGCUGGCCCACGAGGUUUGGAUGCAGGCGAUGCCUUGUCUGCUUUCAAGAGCUACGGCUCAGAAAACCUUGUAACCACUCUUGACGCUGAUCGGCAUGCGGCUCGCAGGAAGAUGGUCAUUGGCCAUUAUUCCAACUCCAUCGCCAUAAGCCCGGGCGUUCAGGCAGUCUUCAAAAAGUAUAUUGACACGUUCAUGCAGAUAAUCGAGGAAAAGGCCAGUUCUUCGCCCUCUAGAACUGUGGAAAUAUCUUCUUGGUUGAGGUGGCUGUCAGCGGACAUCAUUCUUCAUCAGAUUUACGGAGAGUCAAAUCACCCCAAUCUUCUAAUGAGUGAGGCAUCGAGAGAAGACUUCAAGGGGUUACUUAUGACUGCUCUGGAUUUUGUUCUAGGCCCUAUUGCCUUGUUGAUAACAUUGUUUCCAAAAUUUGCCACUUUAUUACAAGCAAUAAAUGGUCCUGACAAGAUUGGGAUGUACGGGAUGAGACAAGUCGAGGCUGCGUUGUCUGAUACAUCUGAUAAUAAGGAGGAGAUAACCACACAUCUCAAACUCCUCUCUUCUCGCCUUAAGAAAGACGGGCCGACUACACUUCUACCGAGCAAGAAUUAUAUCGCCAGUGAUUGUCUUGAUCACUUUAUUGCUGGUUAUUUUUCUCCAGCCGAUCUCUUCUCCGCCCUAAUAUGGGAACUUUCCCUUCCUUGGAACAAAGUGCAUCAAGAUAAACUCCGGCAGGAGCUGCACGAAGCAGGAAUCUCGACUGGAAUACAUCCGGAUAUCCUAGUACUUCAGAAGCUACCUUAUUUGAACAACGUAUUGCGCGAACUACUUCGGGUCCAUACUCCCAUUCCGAUAGGUUUACCUCGCAAGGUGAAGAGAGGCCAAAAUGUAGUAGUUCUAGGGGCAAAAAUACCACCUGGAACAACGAUACACGCUCAAGCCUACUCCAUCCAUCGUGAUCCGCAAGUAUUUCCAGGUCCAGACAAAUGGAACCCAGAACGUUGGAAUAUUCCAACCGCAUCUCCAGAAUUCCGAGAGAUGCAGAAGAUGUUUUGGCCGUUCGGCUCCGGGGCAAGAAUGUGCUCAGGCAUGAAUAUUGCAUGGGCAGAACUUCGACUUGUCACAGCAAGAAUAUAUAGCACCUAUGAAACAAAACUGGACGAUAUAUUCCUUAACACAAACGGGAAUUUAAUCCCUGAGUUCAAGAGAAAAGAUUAUUACCCAUCAAAAUUAACAGAGCCCAUCAGGUUCUUGGAAAUCUAA